GUGGCACAACCACGUGACCGGUGACGCCCCAAUAUAAUCUUAAACUACAUUCCAAACAGCGUCCUAUUUAUAUAUAGUUCACUACAUAGGGAGCGAAGGCGUCACCCUGCUUCAUAUACAGUAUAGUCAACCUACGUAGGGUCUAUAGCUGUAUUUGGGAUGAGACCUUCGCUGUAACUUCCUUGUUAUUAUCAUAACAUACGGAGAAGCAGAAAAUAACCUGCCAUAAGUGAAACGGGUAUGUACCUUUCAAGGCUCGUCAUCCACUCGAAGGGGAGAAGGCAGGGCCACAUAGCCUAAGGCUGCAUUGCCCUGUGUCUGUCCUCGUUCUCCUUUAUACCCAUCUCUCGGUGCGUGAGUGGCGAUGCUGUGCUGGGGCAGUUCCAACUGGGGUCAGCUCGGCCUCGCUGUAUCCGAGGCCGCUGUGUUUGAACCGCGGAGCUGCUGCGUGUUCGACGGCAGAGGGCUGAAAGAAGCGGCAUGCGGUGGGCAGCACUCGCUCUUCCUGAUGCACGAUGGGAGCGUUUACACGUGCGGGUCCAACAGUCGUGGGCAGCUGGGCCACGAGAAGCCUGGAGUCAAGCCUGAGCUGGUCGGGGCGCUGGAUGCCCAGAAGAUUGCAGGCGUGGCAUGUGGGCAGGCCCACUCUUUGGCACUGAGUGAGCAAGGGCAGGUGUUCUCGUGGGGCUCAGGCGAGUCGGGGCAGCUCGGUCUCGGCAUUGCAGAGGAAGCCGUCCGAGUUCCCCGAUUGAUCAAGAAGUUGUGUGAACAUCGGAUCUCACAAGUCAUGUGUGGCAACCAGCACUGUAUCGCACUUUCUAAAGAUGGUCAGUUGUUCACGUGGGGUCAGAACUCGAGCGGUCAACUGGGAUUGGGGAAAGGUGAGCCGAGCUCUCUGUCUCCUCAACCCCUCAAGUCUCUGUGUGGGAUCCCACUGAGUCAGAUCAGCGCCGGAGGAGACCACAGCUUCGCCCUGUCUCUCUCCGGAGCCGUGUUCGGCUGGGGCAGGAACAGCGCCGGGCAGCUGGGCCUCAACGAUGAGCAAGAUCGGGCUGUUCCCUGCCAUAUUAAAUUCUUGCGCUCACAGAAAGUGGUCUACAUCUGCUGUGGGGAGGAACACACAGCCGCUCUGACCAAGGAUGGAGGUCUGUUUACGUUUGGAAACGGGUCGAGAGGACAGCUGGGACACGACUCUACCAACAACGAGCCUCUGCCACGCAGGGUUUUGGAGCUCAUGGGCACCGAGGUGUCCCAAAUCGCCUGUGGCAGACACCACACGCUGGCGUUCGUGUCCUCCACCGGCUUGGUGUACGCCUUCGGCUGUAACGCUCAGGGCCAGCUCGGCUUAGGGACCAGAGGAAACGCCAUGAUCCCCCUUCCAGUCCGAAACAUCCAGCCUCCUUUUCUCACCAACACACAAACAGAUCAAUACAGCAUCAGCAGGAUCCACUGCGGCGGCGAUCACAGCUUUCUGGUGCUGUCACGUGGCAAGAGUUGCCCGGAGGACUUCCGCGUUAUCAACUCAUCGAAAAGCAUUUCCCUGAUUAAUAAGGAGAGUCUAAACAGUUGGAGGCUGAAGCUCCUGGACAGCACCGACUCCAGCAUCACAAAUGACAUCAUUCUGCUGCUGUCCUCGACCGCAUGUUGGAACGCCAGCUUCCUGGACCAGAGUGAUGAUGGUCAUUUUAAAACCAACCCCAAAGUCCCCGGAAUCGACCUCAACUCGGUCAGGCUGCUGUUCGAGAUGCUGAUGAAGCCAGCCUACUCACGGCUGCUGGAGCAGACCACAAAGAGCUUCGAGAGUUUGCUGAUCCCUCAGCUCCCCUGCUCUCCUCCUGAUGUAGAGGCCAUGCGCAUUUACCUGAUCCUCUCCGAGUGUCCGGCUCUGCACGACUCCAAAAACUACAUCUCCCUCACCAUCCCGCUCGCCAUGGCCAUCCUCCGGCUGGACGCCAACCCCAGCAAAGUGCUCGAUAACUGGUGGUCACUGCUGGAUGGUGAGGUCUUCUGCAGGUUGGUUGAGAUGUAUAAGAGCAUUGUGGUGUUCCUGCUCACCGGUGGCAAGGCCCUCCUUAUUCCUGUGUUUCUGGAGAGCUACUUUAACGCUACGCUGAAACUGCUAGAGAAACUACACAAGGUGAACCAGAAAGCCCACCAUGUGGAGUACAACCGCUUCUACAUCCCCGACAUCACCAGCCUGGUGGACAUCCAGGAAGACUACCUCAAAUGGUUCCUAAGCAAAGCCGAGAUUAAAAUGCGAUCUCCUCCAGUACAGAAUUCAGUUACGUUAUGUGCCUAUCCGUUCAUAUUGAACGCUCAAGCUAAGACAACCAUGUUGCAGACAGACGCUGAGCUGCAGAUGCAGAUGGCAGUGAGCGGUGCCAACCUGCACAACGUGUUCAUGCUGUUAACCCUGGAACCCUUGCUGGCACAAAACCCGUUUCUCGUCUUGCACGUGCGGAGGGAUCACCUGGUCAGCGACGCGCUGCGUGAGCUCACCAUCUAUAACGAUGUGGACUUGAAGAAGCCCCUAAAGGUGAUUUUUGACGGAGAGGAGGCAGUGGAUGCAGGAGGAGUCACUAAAGAGUUCUUCUUGCUGCUGCUGAAAGAGUUGAUGGAUCCAGUCUAUGGCAUGUUCACCCAUUACCCAGAAUCCAACUUGCUCUGGUUUUCCGAUAAAUGUUUUGUUGAACACAACUGGUUCCACUUGAUCGGGAUCGUCUGUGGCCUGGCUAUCUACAACUCCACCGUUGUUGACCUGCACUUCCCUCUCGUGCUCUACAAGAAGCUCCUAGAUGUUCCUCCUGUGCUGGAUGAUCUGAAGGAGCUCUCCCCUACUGAGGGCAGGAGCCUCCAGCAGCUGUUGGACUAUGACGAGGAAGACCUAGAGGAUGCCUUCUGUCUCAACUUUGCUAUUAGCCGAGAGUAUUACGGGGUAACGGAGGUGAAGGAGCUCGUCCCUGGAGGAGAGAACAAAACAGUAGACAAGUCCAACAGAGAGGAGUUUGUGCAGGCCUAUCUGCACUACAUGUUCACUGAGUCGGUGCGAGAGCUGUACUCUGCGUUUGCUAGCGGUUUCCUGAAGGUGUGUGGUGGCCGGAUUCUCUCUCUGUUCCAGCCCUCUGAGCUCAUGGCCAUGGUGGUGGGCAACAGCAGCUACAACUGGGAGGAGUUGGAGAAGAACGCGAGCUACAAAGGCGAGUUCUCGGCCUCCCAUCCUACGGUGCGGAUGUUUUGGGACGUGUUCCACGAGUUUCCCUUGGAGAAAAAGAAACAGUUUUUAUUGUUCCUCACAGGCAGUGACCGGAUCCCCAUCCACGGCAUGUCCAGCCUGCGCAUCAUCAUCCAGUCCACGUCGGCGGACGAGCACUUCCUGCCCGUCGCUCACACCUGCUACAACCUGCUGGACCUGCCGUGCUACAGGAGCAGAGAGACGCUGCGCUCGAGGCUCACGUGCGCCAUCGAGCAGUACGAAGGCUUCAGCCUGGUGUGAGAACUCGGCUGCUCUUUCACACACACUCGCACUUUCACCGAGGACGGAACGACGUCUGAUCCCCCACGCAGAGCGGCUCUGACAGUGUGAGUAGGGACGUAUACAGACCCUGAACUCUGAACUCUGCUGAACUCUGAGUGGAAGAAAUCUUUUAUUCAAUUUUAUUUUUGGGGUGUUAGUGCGAGAAUUCCUGUCGUGCACGUUGUUAUCCGGAGCGCUUUUUUUUUGCUUUCCUGCUCCUUUCCGAGUUCUGGGAUCAGCGUCAAGAUCAUGUACGUUUAGACGGGCGCUCUACGCCGAGACAGGAAAUAUUUUCGCUCGGUGGUUUGGAGUCACAUUCGGACGCUUGGGUUUUUUGUUUUUUUUUUUGCUUCUGUGCGUGGUGGGAAUGAAAGAACUCGGGAUAAAUCCAGAAACAAGUCCUCUGAGCUUUUGACUGGAGAUGUCCAGACCUGCUGCUGAAGUGACGGAGGACGAAACAAGCCAUUAUCCGGACGCGAGAACCUAUUAAUCCUCUCUGCUUAUGCGUAACUCGACCAGUGAAUUCAUUUACAACUUUGCCUUUAAUACGAGCCACUAGCGAGGAACGCCUACAGCUUUCGUUUAUUCUCCUUUUCCUCACUUUCCCAGCGUGCAUGCAAGUGUGACGUUCCAGAGUGAAAGCUGAGCCUGCUAAUGACUGUUUAUCGCCACAAUAAAUAUGUAUACGGUAAACCCAAAAAUGUUCUUUAUGGUUGGGGGAAGAAGGAAAAAAAAAAACAAGCUAAGGAUUUGAAAGCCACAAACGACCGCAGUAACUGACAGAUGAUUUUUUGGUUUUUUUUUCCCCGUUCGAGGGAGGAGAUAACUGGAGCAAUAACUGGGUGUUGUGUGUGUGUGUGUGUGUGUGUGUGUGUGUGUGUGUGUGGUUUCGAUUUGAACGCCGGCCUAUGCACAACCACGGAUCUGUGGAAUAAGCGGAGCAGAACGCUGGUCCUGUGCGUGUAACGAGUCCCGGACGGAGAUUCCUGCUAUAACGCUCCUGAUUUAAACCCGACAGUUAAAGGUGGGGUCAGUGAUUCUGUCAGUAAUAUUCUGCUUCCUUUUAUAACAAAUAAACCAGUCAGGACGAGGAGGCGUCUCUACUUCCAUGCUGACCGUCUUUUUGAAUGUUCUGCCGCUUGCACUAUUUUUCAGGCAUUCAAGCAUAAGCAGCACGUGUUUGUUUGUGUGUGUGUGUGUGUGUGUGUGUGUGUGUGUGUGUGUGUGUGUGGUUUUUUUUUUUUUUGUUGUCUUUUUAAAAAAAAAAAAAAAAAAAAUCCUAAUCACUGACUGUACCUUUUAAUGCUGUCUUAUAUUCCGUACUUUUCAUAAGUCAUGUUGGGUAAAUUCAGCCAGACAGAAAGUAUUAUACAUACGCAGGACAUUAUUAUUAUUAUUAUUAUUAUUAUUAUUAUUAUUUUAAUUUUUGCACUCUCAGGUCACGGUCUGCUCUACGUAAUGGAAGGGGCGGGACUACCAGAGGACGUACAGCUUGAAUUGAGCUAUAUAGCUGACACAAAAAUUAGUCUCAAACGUACUGGAUUUUAAAACGGGAGGUUCUACUUGUGGAAAUAUCCCGAGUUUGCCAAUUGCCUGGCGCCCCUCGAGGUCUACAAGGACGACGCUUAAUCUAAAUUCGACCAGCCAAUUACAGAUUCAUUCCUAUUACCCCUACGUUAGCAUUCCUGUUUUACUUCUAUGGCAAAACACACACCAUUGUAGUUUAACAAGCAUUAACAGUCUGCCUUGUCUACUGGUUAUAAUAGCAGAGAUAAUGUUUAGUUUGUCAAGUUUUUGUAAAUACCAGACAGGCUUCCUGAGGAACUUCCUGAGGGAUAGUCAUUUAACAUCACACAGAUGCUGCUAGAUAGUUCAUGUUAAUUAGCUGAACUAUUAUAUUGUGCAAUUAAAGCCAGAAUUUUAUUUUAUGCGCAGGAGUCAGCUAUGGGAAUGUUUAAAAAAACAAUAGCAAGUUUGUGAUUUUGUUGUUCAAGUGAAGCUCCGCCCUCGUUACUGUAGGUCAGUGGCCACCGACCCUGUUCCUGGAGGUGUACCUUCCAAACGUAAUUUGUGCCCAGCUGACCAUCUAAUCAUUGCCUCAGGACGUUGUCGGUUUUCGGUGUUGGAGCAGGAAGUCGCUGGACUGGAGGCGUACAGCACCACUGUGGUGCUCUCUUGUGUGUAUAUAAAUCUAUUAGUUUGGGUUUAAAAAAAGCAACACGUCAUUCUGCCGCUAUUGCAUCGAAAUCAGUUUCUUACCCUUCCGAAGAACGUGCAGGGACGGAGAAUGGGACGUUUAAAAGGGAUUUCCAUUCCACAGCCACGACGCUCUGAUGCUCUCAGUACUGGAUCAGAAUGAUUUGGUGUGUAAAGUGACACACGAUGAAGCCAUGUGAUGAUGGUGAUGAUGAUGAGGAAGAAGCCGCAGGAGAGGAACACUGCACAGCAUGCUCUGGAGACUCGGGCUGCGUUCAGUGUUUCCUCUCGUCACGCUGUGUUCAUUCAUCCACACUGGAACAGCACCAAGCCUUUCUGUCCAGUACCUUACUGUCAACUUCAGCAAACAAGGGCUUCUCAGUGGCUGCUGCUGCAUUCUUUUAGUAAAGUAUAUUUACUUUUAUACCUCUCUCAAAUGGAAUAUAUUGUUUUAUCUAUUUUUUUUCCUCCUUCCAGAGCAUUUAAAUUAAAAUGAAAAUUCCACCUC